CUCCUUCCUUUUCCACAAUCUCAGACACACGAGUGAAAAAUCAACUACGGAAAUGCAAAAUGUUCACAUAUGUUAAGACAACGCGCAAUGCGUUUUCAGACAAAAAACGUAUUGAAAUCAUAAAUCGAAAAUAAACAUAAUUUAUGUCAACGUAAAGAACGAAAACAACACAAUCGUAUAACACUUUCGUUAAUCUAUUUUUAUUUAAUAUUCACCAAAAAUAAAAUUAAAAAAAAUAAAAACAAAACAAAACAAAUUCAUGGCGUCUAGCAUGAAGGAAAACACACGAGAAAGAGAAUAAUUAUUUAUGUGUUUCGUACAAAAAAAAAAAACAAUUUUGAUUUAUUAAAAACGAUAAAACACACUAAAUAAUAAAUCCAUCAGUUAGUUGUGUGGACCACGUGUAGUGCGAAAGUUUUCAAAAUAAUAUAUUCCGUGCGAGUAAAAAUAUUGAAAAUUUAAAUAAAUUUUAAAUUUAUUCUGCACUUUCGAAAUCGGAUUUAAAAAAAAUAUUUAAAUAAAAAUAAAGAUCUAUAUAAAGUAUUAAGAACUAUGAUGCAUUUUAAAAUACAUUUAACAAUCUGUCUAAUAUAUCUGAUAACUCAUAAUAAAACUGAUGGCCGACCAAUACAAGAGAUAACGGAAACAAGAAAUCCACCAGAAACUCAAAUACCAGCCGGUUUCUCACAAGCCACAAAUGAAGAACUAAAACCCAGCGAAAUUCAGAAGGCGGUAUGCACUGUAACCUCAGGCGAUGUACGGGCCAGUGCUGAGGCCUUUACAACCAGAGAACUGAAAGGAGUUUGUGGUUCUACAGAAAUGUUAAAAUCAUUUCAUAAUUUAGAACAAAAAUUAGGACAAGAAUUGCAAAAUAUACAAAAACUAAUACAAGAUCUACACCGUCAAUUUGUAACCAAAGGAAGAGAAGAACAAACUCUUAGCGAAAGAUCCCCAGAACCGGUAACAUCAGCUGGUAUUGUUAGCAUUAAUAUGAAUACAACACCAGUUCCAGCCUUUAAAUUUCAACCUAUACCAAAUAGUGAAAAUAAACCACAGAAAACCAAUGAAAUAAGUAAAAAUUAUUAUCAGUUGCCCAAGUUAAAAUCUUUACCAACACAAGAUCAGAAUAAGGCCACCACUAUAAGGGAUCAGGAGGCUAAAAAAUACAAUAAUAAUACCCUCAUCACAAAUAAAAAUGUUAAGGUUUAUAGCUAUUACUGGAGAAUGGAGAAUUUUACACAGAAUAUUAAAACUGGCAAUAGUUUAACUAUGGAAAGUCCCAUAUUUUCCAUAAGAGGCAAAGCUUUGAAAAUUAAGGCUUUCUUUCAACAUUUGCAUCGUGAUUUUCUUUAUUUACAACUGGAGGAUUGCUCUUCAUCGCCCCAGUUGGGUCUGGGCAAUAGUAUCAUUUUAGAUACGGGUGCUAUAUUUAAGGAAAUCAAUAGUGACAAUUUUAAAUAUAAAAUGUCUAUAUUGGAUCAGAGUAAGAAACGUUCCUCGGAUUUGGUUUCCCAAGAAUUUGAUAAUCAUGAUAGCGGUUUUCUAAUACCAAAUAGUGCCUUAAUCGAUAGUCCUUUUAUUAAGGAUGAUUCUUUGUUAAUACAAUUAUUUUUGUAUUUAUAAUUAAUUGAAAUUUUCUACAAAAUAAAUAAACAAAGUGUCUUAAAAAAAGUGAUUUGAUCUGAAUUAAAGAAUUUUCCAAAGUCCUUUUUAAAAUUCUUAAAACUUCAAGACUAAAGAAUAGAUUAAACUAUAGUCUAGUUAAUAGAUAUUAAACUAUCCAAUUUUAUAGACAAAUAAGACUUUAGUUCGAGAAAUGCUAUAAACAAGACUCAGUUUGGACUAUAGAAAACUUUCUAGUCCGAACUUUAGAUAAAACUAUAGACUGGACUGUAGACAUGGACUGUAUUUUGGACUGUAAAUAUGGCUAUAUUCUGGAUUAUAGACAAGUCUAUAUUCUUGUCUAUAGUCAAAACUAAACACUUGUCUAUAUUCUGGACUAAAGACAAGUCUAUAUUCUGGACUAUAGACAAGACUAUAUU